GGCCCCGCCUCAGAACACCCAACUUGACAUCAUGAAGAUCCCAGUUCUUCCAGCGGUGGCUCUUCUGGCUCUUCUGGCGCUCCACUCCACCCAGGGGGCUUCCCUGGGGAGUCCUGAGGAAGAAACUACCAUUGGUAAUUAUGCACUAGGACCAGAGGACAAUAGCCCUCAGUUUCUGAACAUCGACAAGUUGCGAUCUGCUUUUAAGUCUGAUGAAUUCCUGAACUGGCACGCCAUUAUUGAGGCCUUCAAGAAGACACUCCCUUUCGUCAACUGGGAUGCCUUUCCUAAGUUGAAAGGACUGAGGAGUGUAAUUCCUGAUGCCCAGUGACCAUUCUAUUAAAGAUUCAGGACUGAUGAGCCCCCGCUGGAAGAGGGGAUUGGAGUGGGAUAUGAUUUCCAGGCGAAGUAAUCAGUGGUCUGCACAUUCGUAAUCCAAAAAAACUCCUUUCUGGCUCAAUAACUCCAAUAAAAAGUAUUCCAUCCCAAGA